AUCACUCAUAAUGAGUAUGUGAUCAGAAUUGAGAUAACUUUGAUAAAACACAUUUUAUCAAUUCAAUUUAACUUAUAUUUCAAUCGACAAUAUAAUGAAAAGUUUGACAUUUGUUUUGUUAAUUGCUUUACCCGUGUGUCUCAUAUCGUCGAUCGUCGAGAGAAGUAUUGAUGACAACAGAGUCACCUCAAGACUCAAUCGCAUCCAAACUGAUCCCAAACCUAAACUCUAUCCCAUUAUUUUAGUGCCGGGUGAUGGGGGCAGUCAGAUCGAUGCAAAGCUGGAUAAAGCGGAUGUUCCGCAUUAUUUCUGCGAUAAGAAAACCGACGAUUACUUCAACUUAUGGCUAAAUCUGGCGCUUUUGGUGCCGUUUGUGAUCGACUGUUGGAUUGAUAACAUGAAACUGGUUUACGACAACACCACGCGAACCACUUCCAACUCUAUUGGUGUCGAGACACAAGUUCCCGGUUUAGGCAAUACCUCAACCGUUGAAUAUGUAGACCCGAGUCGAGUGCCUGUGUCGGGGUAUUUCAAUAACCUGGUCGACCAAUUGGUGAAAUUCGGGUACGAAAGAGGAACGACCAUAAGGGGCGCCCCCUAUGACUUCCGCAAAGCUCCGAACGAGUUGGCCGAUUACUUGAGUCAAGUGAAGGCUUUAGUUCAGGACACCUAUGAGAAGAAUAAUAAGACUAAAUCCAUACUAUUAUGCCAUUCAAUGGGUUGUCCCACAAUGUUAUACCUUCUCAAUCGUCAGACCCAACAGUGGAAAGACAAAUACGUCCAGUCGUUGGUCACAUUGGCCGGACCCUGGGGUGGGGCCGUCAAGUCAUUGAAGGCCUUUGCAUCGGGAGAUAAUUUCGGUGUAGUUGUCGUCCCCUCUCUCACUAUACGUGAGGACGAGAGGACUUUCCCGAGUUUGGCGUAUCUGUUGCCGAGUGAUAAGGUGUGGGGACCCGAUGAAGUACUCAUGGAGUCCACGCUCAGGAAUUACACGACUCGUAACUAUAGGGACUUCUUUGAGGACAUCAAUUACAUGACGGGCUAUAACAUGUGGCUCGACGUCAGGAAUUUAACUUAUAAUAUGACUCCUCCUGGCGUUGAAGUGCAUUGUCUUCACGGCCAUGGACUCGAUACUAUGCAUAAACUGGUCUAUAAUAAGGGAAAGUUUCCCGAUUCUCAGCCCCAUAUAGUGUAUGGCGAUGGCGAUGGCACUGUUAACUUGAAAAGUCUGAGUUCAUGCCUUCAAUGGAAGGGAAAGCAAAAGCAAAAUGUGUUUUAUCAAAGUUAUCUCAAUUCUGAUCACAUACUCAUUAUGAGUGAUCCCCGAGUUAUUAAUUAUAUUCAACAAAUCGCUGUCAUUCAGUGAAUGAAUCCAAUUUCAAUUUUUUCGG